GGUGGAGAAACGCCAUCGUCCCGGUGGAAGAAGCGCACGUGACGCUGGACGCGGACACGGCGCACCCCCAGCUCAUCCUCUCGGCGGGGGGGGAGAGCGUACGGCGCGGAGACACGCGGCCAGACGUGCCAGAUAACCCCGAGAGAUACGACACCUACCACUGCGUCCUGGGCCAGGAGAGAUUCGUCUCGGGGAGAUACUUCUGGGAGGUGGACGUGGGGACGGUGGAAGGGGGCGUCUGGGCAAUGGGGGUGGCCAAGGAGUCCAUGAAGAGGAAGGGGUGGAUCAACCCAGCUCCUCAAGAUGGGAUCUUGGCUCUUUUCCACUGCGGGGGCAAGUAUUGGGCUUUGACCUUCCCCGACCACACGGCUCUCGUCCUCACCCAGAUGCCCCGGACGAUUAGGGUGUACCUGGACUUUGAGGGACAAAAGGUGGCCUUCUUCAACAUUGACAACCAAGACCUGCUCUUCACCUUCCCGCUGACCCAGUUGAGCGGGGAGACGAUCCGUCCCUGGUUCCGCGUGGGGCCGAACGCCGAACUCAACCUGAAGUCACCUCCUUCUCCACCGCGCGUCCCCAGCGUGGAGGAGCCUCUCCUCCCUUCGUGUUUCCUCCUGAAGAACCUCUCUAGAGGAGGACGGGCCCCGCACACGCCAGAGAGCGACUCUUCCACUCACGUCGUGCCACCACGGUGUCCCAAGACUCGUGCCACGAUGGUGUCUCCACCCGAGCAGAGCUAUCGCUGCUCCUGUUGGAGCUUGCAGCAGGACGUAGCGGUGGCUAAGACUCAUUUGUCUUCUCCUGAGGUGACGUCUCCAAGCGAGCUGCUUUCUCCUAGAAGGGAUGAGGCAAAUCCAGGGUCAAGCCAGGAACCAAGUCUGCAGAUGAAGAAGAACCACGGGCUGCAGAUGAAGAAGAACCUUGGGCUGCAGAUGAAGAAGAACCUUGGACUGCAGAUGAGGAAGAACCACGGGCUGCAGAUGAGGAAGAACCACGGGCUGCAGAUGAAGAACCACGGGCUGCAGAUGAAGAACUACGGGCUGCAGAUGAAGAAGAACCAUGGGCUGCAGAUGAGGAAGAACCACAGGCUGCAGAUGAAGAAGAACCUUGGGCUGCAGAUGAGGAAGAACCAUGGGCUGUAG